CAUUUUUUGUUUUGGAAAAUAGUUUUUCAUGUCAAUAAUAAUAAUUUUUUUAUGUUAAUUUUUAUUUGGGUGAGUGUUUUUCGUGAAUAUUCUUGAAUAGUUUUUUCGAGAAUUUUCGAGAACGCUUCCAUCAUCUUCAAAUUCAAGGAUUUCUUAAAUGUCUGUAGAAGUGUGUUUAUCGAAUUCUGGAUACAAUAAUACAAAAAAUUUAAUCACAAUGCCCGUAGUAUCACAGCGUAGAUCCUCAACAUCGAGUACAACGACAACGUCUCCAUUAACCGGGUCCUACAGGUCUACAUCAUCCUCAGAUCGGUCAUACUACGGUGGAACAUCAACCGCGACCUCUACAUUUUCGCGCAAUUCUUCAUACUUGCGAAAUUUGGAUAGCAAACGUGUGUACUCGCGGCAUACAAGUAUUUCCGAAGAUAGUGGAAUUGGAUCCCGAACAUCGUCUUACACAAGAAGUGAUCGUGAAACAUCAAUCCGUCGUGGAGAUUCUCAACCACAUGAUAUUAGUGGCUUAACCUUGACCGGACGCCGAAUAUCAUCAAUAUCAAUCGCAAAUUCUGUGGAUGAUAUUCGUCAAAAAUAUUCUCCAAGUAAUUACGUUCCAAAUAUUCGAAAACCAGAGAGUAAUAAAUUGGAAAUUACACGAUCAAAGUCGAUCACGAACGAUAUUGGUAAACCGCCAACGGUAGUUGAAAGAAAAAUUUCUCCAUCAAUUGAAAGAAAAACUUCUCCAACAUCAGUUGAACGUAGGGUGAAUAAGGUAAUUACAAACAUGCCUAUUAACAGUUUGAGUGUGUCUACUAAUACCGAAAAGGUUAUCGAAGAGAAUGCUGAGGAGAACGAUGACGUAACUAAGGAGGAUAAUAAUGGUAAUGUACAACAACAGUCCGUAUCUGAGAUACGAAAAAUUUUUGACACGCCUGCUGUUGUUGGUAAAUUGACAUCUGUCAUACCACCAUUUCUAAAAAAUGGUACAAAUUCUGGUAAAUAUGAUAUUGCUACAAAAUCGAAUGAACUAAAUCAAAAUUUAAAAUUGUCGAAUUCAAAAAAUAAUCAUUUACAAAACAAUGGGAAUAAUGUCCGGUGGACGUUUUUAUCGACAGCGUUACCAAAUUUGGAUAAUAUGUGUGACGUUUCUGAACUAAAUAAAGAUUUGGAACAACCGAAUACUUCGACAAAUAACCAUACAACAAAUUUUGCAUCAUAUAUACCAGUGAAUGUUUACGAAACGCAACCGGUUGGUGAUUGUUCUGUAUCGGAACAAACGGAUAAUAUAGGGACAGAGAUUGAUACAGUCGAACAACAGCAGGGUAACAGUGUGCCUUUAGAUCAAACAUCACCAGAUGAUACUGAUACCACUUCAACAAAUUUUGAUAUGUCGCGUGAUACACAACAUGAUUUCAAAGGACGUACUACUGCUCGAUUACCAGCUACUGAUGCACAUUAUUUAGGAGAUUUAUCGACAUCACCACGGUUGAAUCGAUCAACUAUAGCUUCAACAAAUGGUUCAUCUACAAUAUCGGCGUUGAAUCGUAGUUCACCAUUGGAGCGACAUCGUGAAGAGAAGACAACAAAUUCAUACAACUCGAAGUCUGAUAAGAAUAUUGGUUUAAAUGGUUUAAAAAAUAUUGGCAAUACAUGUUUUAUGAAUUCGGUGAUACAAUGUUUAUCGAAUACACGUUUAUUACUUGAGUACCUGCGCGAUAAUACCUACUUAAAUGACAUUAAUACUACUAAUUCUAGCAUGAAAGGAGCUCUAGUCAAAGCAUUUGCUAAUGUGAUUCAAGAAUUAUGGGGUGAUGAUUCUGAUAAAAUAGUGAAUCCUUCAUCGUUAAAAUAUCAAAUUCAACAUUUUGCUCCACGAUUUAUGGGAUACGCCCAACAAGAUGCCCAAGAAUUCUUACGAUAUUUAUUAGAAGGUUUACACGAAGACGUAAAUCGAGUAAAAGCAAAACCACCUCCAAUAUUAACAGAAAUAGAUGAUAAAUUAAGUGAUUCCCAAAAAUCGAUGGAAGCUUGGAAUAGAUACUUAAGAAUAGAUGAUUCAAAUAUUGUAGAUAUAUUUGUUGGACAAUUAAAAUCAACAUUAAAAUGUAGUGUAUGUGGUUAUUGUAGUGUUACAUUUGAUCCAUUUUGGGAUCUUAGUUUACCAAUUGGUUCUGGUUCAAUAACACAAUGUUUAGAAAAUUUUACUAGGGAAGAAGUUAUGGAUGGUCAUGAAAAACCGACUUGUUCGAAAUGUCAAACACGUCGAAAAUGUACUAAAUCAUUUUCUAUACAAAAAUUUCCAAAAAUUUUAGUUUUGCAUUUGAAACGUUUUUCACCAAAUGAACGAUUUCGUGGAAAAUUAACAACAUUAAUUGAUUUUCCAUUACAAAAUUUGGAUUUAAGUGCUUUUGCUGCAAAUCGUGGUACAUCUAGUGUUUAUAAUUUGUAUGCUGUAUCAAAUCACAGCGGUACAACGUAUAGUGGCCAUUAUACUGCUUAUUGUAAGCAUCCAUAUUCUGGUGAAUGGCAUGAAUAUAAUGAUUCAAGAGUUUCAACAAUUUCAUCAAGACAUGUAGUAUCAAGCGAGGCGUAUGUACUAUUUUAUGAACUAUCAGGACACAGUUCACAUCUUUAAAUAAAUAAAAUAUAUAUUAUUAUACCGCAAAUUAGUACAUUUUUUUUUUAUUUUAACUUUUA